AUGCCGCGUCUCGCAAGGCGCCCGUGGGCGAGACGGGCCCGCCGCUGUGCCGCCUCCGCGGGGCUCCGUCCAUUCUGGGUGCGGCGCCUUUUGAAGAGCCUCUGGCAGAGCGCCGCGCUCUGCUGGUGGUGGUGCUGGAGCAGCGCCGUCUUUUGGCUCCGCCUGGCGCGGUCCCUGGCCCGGCCCCGGCCCCGAACGAGGCCCCUCCCGCAGCUCCGCCCGCAGCCGCCUCGCAGCCGCCCGGCUCCCGCCCCGUCGCCGGCAGCUUCUCCGGUGCGAGCCCCGCCGCCCGUCAGCUCGGCCGCCGGCCCCGAGCCGCCGGAGCCCAGGGCGGCUCGGGAAGCAGCAGCGCCCGGGGCGGACGGCUGCCCCGGGCAGAAUGCCGAGAGCGCCGCGCCAGCCGCACGGGCGGAGAAGCCUCCCCUGGAGCAGCUCUACCGGGAGGGCCCGCUGCUGGGGAGCGGCGGCUGCGGCAGCGUUUACGCCGGGACCCGGCUCGCCGACGGCGCCCCGGUGGCCAUCAAGCGAGUGCCCCGCGAUCGCAUCUGGGAGUGGGCGCGGCUGCACGACGGCGCCCUUGUGCCCCUGGAGCUGGUGCUGCUCUCGAUGGUGUCGUGCCCUGGCUUCCGCGGCGUCGUACACCUCCUGGACUGGUUCGAGCUGCCCGACGGCUUCGCGCUGGUCAUGGAGCGUCCGGAGCGCUGCCGCGACCUGUGGGACCUGCUGGACGCGGGCGGGUCCCUGCCAGAGCCCGUGGCGCGGGGGCUGUUCCGCCAGGUGCUGCAGGCCGUGCAGCACUGCACCAGCCGCGGUGUCCUGCACCGCGACAUCAAGGCCGAGAACGUCCUCGUCGACCUGGCCACCGGCGACGCGAAGCUCAUCGAUUUCGGCUGUGGCACGAUCCUCCAGGACACCUUCUACACCUGGAUGGCAGGAACGCGCGAGUACUACCCGCCGGAGUGGAUCCUCUUCGGCUGCUACCACGGCCAGCCAGCCACCAUCUGGUCCCUGGGCAUCCUGCUCUAUCACCUGGUGUGCGGGCACCUUCCUUUCACAACCGAGAGAGGACAUCGUUCGGGGCCAGCUCUUCUUCCCGCCCCGGGUGUCUCAAGAGUGCCAGCACCUCAUCAGGUGGUGUUUAUCUAUGGACCCUGCAGACAGGCCAUGCCUGGAAGACGUCCUAGAACAUUCUUGGCUGCAGAAGCCCCACCUGGCCCAGGAGACAGCAGAGAUCCAUCCCUCUGCACAGUAGGAUCCAGGAGCCCAGCAAGUACCAGCUGCUCGCGUCUUCGUGGCGCUCAGAGAAAUCUCCAGAGCGUUUCCCUGCGGCUGCGGCACGGAGCAGAGAGCGCGGCCCAGGAGAUGCUUCCGCGGGUCCCCGGCGAGUGGUGGAGGGAGCGGCUCAGGGCUCCCCGUCCUAUUGGAGAAGUCGUGGCACAGGGCGGUGAAGUUGCCACGGACUGGAAAAGGGGAAACAUCCCCCUGCAGCUCAAUGGCAUCGUGACGUCCCCGCAAGCCGAGGCACAGCUGGCGUGUUCUUGUGGAGCACGAUGCGGAGCCGGAGAACGCCAUCCUCGAGCUGGCCGCUGGCGGAGCGAAGCCGAUGGGCUUUGGUUGCGGCCCCUUCCCGGAGGACACGCUCUGCACCCCGACGAAAUCAAGAUGAGUCCCCAGCCGGCGCAGGGGCGGGGGGACUGCUCGUGCUUCCAGGUCUUGUUUGGAAUUGACUUUCAUGCAAUUCUUCUUUGUUUUGUCCAGGAAGAUUGCACCCGGUGCCCAGACCGCAUGAGGAAGCGCCGGCACCGUCCGUGGCAGCCCGUCCAGUGCCGGCGCUACCCCGGGGGGCCACGGGUACUGCACCAGAUCGGGGACGCGUUCCCUGCUCCUGUCCUUGGUGACCUCGGGGAGGCUGCAGCGCCCUCCCUGUGUGCGGGACAGCUGCUGCAGCACGGCUGCGCCCGUGUGCCAGCAGCGGCCGAGGAGCAGCUGGGCGAGUGCAGAGGCUGA